AUGGCGCCAGACAUCGCCGCAACACUCGCUGCUAUCGAUGCAGCCCACGCUCUUGACCCCAAUAAGAUAGAGCGGGACGGCCAAAGCAUUCCCUAUGAGCUACAUUAUGCCGAAAAAUGCACACAAUACCUCGAGAAGCACACCUCCUCCGCCUCCCCACUGCUCCAAGUCGCCGUUCGCGCACAGCACUUCCGACGCUGGGAAGUGCCUCGCGACAGCUACCCGCGUACAAAGGUAGGCUAUUUUGCGUGGCGGACAGGUUUGAAGAAGCGGCAGGGAGAGCAGGUCAAAGAGAUAUGUCUACAGCAUGGUUUUACUGAGGAACAGGCGGACAAGGUAGGGAAGCUCAUCUCGAAAGAAGAGCUGAAGAAAGGCGAGGGAAAGGGGGAUGAAGAGGCACAAGUUCUGGAGGAUGUCGCAUGCCUGGUGUUCCUGGACGACCAAUUCGACACGUUCGAGCGGGAGCAUGAUGAGGAGAAGAUCGUGGACAUACUCAAGAAGACGUGGGUCAAGAUGGGCAAGAGGGGGCAGGAUCUCGCGCUGCAGAUGGACUUGAGCGAGCGGGCGAAGGAGCUUGUUGGGAAGGCGCUGGCUGAGUGA